AUAUAUUUAUUAUUGAUCAAUGAUUUUAACCUAUAUAAUUUGAUCGUAUUAACAAACAUGAUUUAAACAUUCCAUUUUACCUAAUCGAUAUAUGAAUUUCCGAAUACACAUCUCCACAUGGUCGCAAUUGAUACAUCGAUUGACACACGAGCUACCUGUUCAUACUUUUCACGAUGAAAUUAUUUACAUGGUAUUGAACAAAAUACAAAAUCACAUCGUGGAUAAUUAAAUAAUGUUCAAAGCCUUGUCGUCAAAGUACGAGUGGUUCGAAUUAUUUUUCCAUAUUUGGAUCCCUUAUGUGAACAGGGUGGUAUCAUAACGGCCAUCAAAGAAAUAAUUUCGGCGAAUAAUUAAUUAUUGCUCGAUAAACACAGGUAACGUUUCCACGUGCAAAUACAUCUACAUCCGUUUGUGAAUCUAUAUAAAGGUUCUUGGAGCAAAUGUGCAGCACAACCUGCCUUUUUAAUGCGCGUGCAUCCUUCGUUCACGACAAGAGAAACAUGACGUUUAUGGUAUAUGUGCUGGUUGUGUUGGCAACGGUUUGCCUGAGUAACGCGGUAUUUGUCAAUGACUGGGACCAGUCCUUCAAACGCCAGUGUCCGUCAGGGACGUCUCUCAGCUCCAUCUACAGCGAGCACGACAACAAGAAGGAGGACAGACGCUGGUCACUCGCCUGUGCCAGGACGGGAGCCUCGGAGUCGUGCGCCUGGACACCAAGCCAAAGCGACUCCUACGCCAACAACUACGAUGGACUACUUCUGUUUCAAUGCAGCGGGCAAGGCGUCAUCACGGGGAUAGACAGUCGCCAUAGCAACCGUCGCGAGGACAGACAGUUCAAGUUCAGGUGUUGCGCCAUCCCAAACGUGGUGCUGACGGAGUGUACCUACACCGGGUGGCAGAACGACUACGACAGACCGAUGGACUUCAAGGUCCCCGCCGGGAAGGUCCUACGUGGGGCAUUCAGUCUCCAUGACAACAAAAAAGAGGAUCGACGUUGGGUCUUCACAGUGUGUUCCACUGUACCUGUCCGACAGUCGUAGAACAGCAGCCAUCGGGUAGCACAGCGCGUAUCCAUGUCAAAUAAAACGGGAAAAUACACACUC